AUGGCAAGCGGGGGGCCACCUUCCACCCCCUCCCCGUCCUCAUGGGCGGAGAUUGCGGCUGCAAUUAAAAACCGUCCUUCCAAUCCUUCCCCACUUGUUGAGGGUCCAGUGCUGCGCAAGCUAAAGGCUUCUACGUCUGAGUUCAUUCAUUUUGACAGUGACUCUGUGGCCCGUGCUCAUCUCCGAUUCCAACACUCGCUGAUUGGAAAGUUCUUUGGAAAACCCCCCAUCUUCGAACAAAUCAAGACUGUUCUUCUCACCAGAUGGCAGGAGUUUGGCGAAAUAUCCAUCUCCGAUCUUCCUAACGGAUAUCUUUUGUUCCGAUGUGAAUCUCAUGAAGUUUCUCAGAAGCUCCUGUUUGAGGGUCCCUGGGGAGUGAAUGGUGUUGUCCUUCAACUUGCUCCAUGGAAACCCUUUUUUGAACCCGCCUUUGCCAAGCUAUCUUCUGAUGUAGUUUGGGUGCAGCUGCACAACCUUCCCGUUGAGUUCUGGGAUGGGGAGUCUCUGGAAUUCAUUGCUAGCUCUCUGGGAACUUUAUUAAAGAUUGACGAAUUUACUUGCUCUUUGUCCAGGUCUAAGUAUGCUAGAAUAUGUGUAGAGAUCGAUCUGAAUAAACCCCUGAAGCAAGGGUUUUGGGUUGGGGAUGAUGCUCAUAGAGUGUUUGUUGUGGUUCUUUAUGAGAAGUUGCCCACCUUUUGUUAUCACUGUGGCCUGGUGGGGCAUGGGUCGAACCAGUGCAACCGCCGGAGUUCAAUGGAACAAAGCCGCUCCUCGCCACCCCCUUACCGGGUUCACAGUGAACCGAAAGGGAAGGAGGCGAUGGUGGAUUUGGAUCCUAUGAACGAUGGCUCGGAGGCAAGGACCGACCAGAUGACCCCUGAAGGUACGAACUAUAACAAUGAGCUCGAAGAGACGCCCUUUGGUCCUUGGAUGAUUGUUUCCCGCGGGCGAGGACGUGGGGAGGCCGCGGUGGUGCCAGAGGUGGUGCUGGGUUCUUCGAGAUCACGUGCAGGGCGCAUGCGAAGCCCCUCGCGCCUCCAACGGUACACUCGAAGCGUCCCCUCGCUCUGGGUACAACCACUCGACACGUGGCAGCUUCUCCUCUCGAGGCAGGGGAGGUCACCUUGGAAGUCUCUUGCGUGCAUCGGGCCCCACCCCUGA